UCUUAAUAUUUAUCUCUUUUCCUAUUCUUGUAUAUCGUUUUCAUUUUUAUUGCACUGCUUGUUAUUUGUUUCUAUGCCUCUAUAUAAUGUUGAGGUAGGAUUCACACAGCAGCAGUGGGAAUAGUCAGUGUAUUUCACUACAAUAUUUUCAAGAGUUUUUUAAGAAUAAAAUACUUAAUAAACAAUUAAUUUGAAAAGUAGACAAAGUUUAAAAUCUGUAAAAAGCAGAUUGAAGCACUAAUAUUUAAUCAUAUAUCUUUAAACUAACAAAUCUUCAUCAUAGAGCUUCCUCCAUGUUGUGCUUUUACCGCUGAUGUCCGCUAGGCGGCGGUAUCUCCGUACACUCGAUGUUCGAGCAGGUGCGCCGAGGUGAGGCAGCACAGAGGACUCGGGUGUUUCCGUCGCCGCUCGGCCGUCGGCAGUGACUCGCCGUGGAUGUGGGAAUGCGGUUGCCUGAGGCAGCGGGCAUUGCUGGACUCUCGGCGGAGAUGUGCGCACACAGACCGGAGCCCUCCGCGGUUGGCUGUGCUCCAAGUUAGCGGCUGUUGUGGGGAUGUGGCGGGGGUCCUGGACGGCUGGGUGUCCCUCGGAACAGAGCAGCUGGGUGUUUUUUUCCCCCCUCACAUUUUUCUCGGGAUUUUCUGUCUGUGAGGGAAUGAGAGAGGAACCACGGAUUCCCCAGCUCUAUGGAGCCACGCAUUGCAGGCAGCGUGAGUACAACAGACACCCCCGAGAGCCCCCAGGGGAGUGGGCUUGUCACUGUGGGGAUCACACCUCAACUUUCCACGCUCCUGUUUCUCCUUUUUUACACGUAGACUCUCCACAUCUGUCCUCUCGUUAGCGGGUUAAUGCGGCUGAUUCUCUCAUUGUUUCUCUGUGUUGUUCACGUGUCCAAACGAUAUUCCCGAUAAUUGCUCUCAUCAGGGUGUCACGAGCUCGACUCCGAUCAUCAGACGCACCUUCGGACCCUCAGAGGCCGGUGUGUGUGAGCUUCUCACCGCCGAGCCUGGAGACUCAUCAGCGGAUUAAUUUCUGAGGAUUUUCUCUCCUUCCCUUUUGUUGGGACGGCGGUUGCUACUGACGACCAGAGAGUCCAGAUCCGUAAACAGACGGACUGACACCGAAAAAACAGACCCAGCAGACCCGGGUCCGGGUCCCAUAUGUAGUCUGGAUGUUGUGGGUGUGAAGUGUCUCAGAUGCAGUCUUUAGUCCCGACCUUCUGGGUGUAAAACAAGGGCAGACAUGUAGAAGGAGAAGUUGGAGUCUGUGUGACAUGAUUAUAAAUGUAACACAACCUCCAGGGUCACCAAACAGACCCACUACUGCAACAUUCAGGCCUCUUUCUGUGUGUGUCUGUUUCUGUGUGUAUAUGUGCGGUUUGAUGGCCCCAGGAUUGAGUUAACUGCGGCCAAGUAGCCAGAUUACUGUGGAUUAGCAGGCAUUUAAAAUAGUCACGUUAUCCCACCAGUGGCUGCAGAGUCAGCUACAACAACACCUUUUAGGCCGCCUGCCAAUUAUUUAUAUCUGAACAAAAAGUGAGAUGAACGGAGAACUGCACAACUUUGAUUCUGCAUGAAGUGAGAGCUGCUUUUAUCUGCUGUCAGAUUCACUCCAGUACUUCAUCCAGAACCAGGAGUGAGGCGUGACUCACCUUCUGCAGAGACACCUGAUUAUUGAGAUAUAGUGCAUGACCUGGAUGCAGCCAGGCGGUGGGUGUGAGGCCUGCACUUCACAGAUUUAGAGGUAAAACUGGUCGACAAAAAGGAGUCAUAGUGGGGAAAAUAUUCCUGGAAUUAUAAAUAUGUUAGAUGGGUCAUUUGUGAGUAGAUUGACACAAAACUAAGAGAUAGUUUAUUUGAUCAAAUAUACAGAAAGUACAAUUUUAGAGAAGAAGUUCUCUAUUUUUUGGAGAUUAAAAAGGAGGUUGAAGCUGUUUAGCGUAUAUGUACCUACCAUCACUCCUUCCUGUUCGUUCACCCUUUACAUGUCUUAAGAAUAACACACACACAGAAUUAGUGAAUUAUAUUCAUCAAGAAGAAAAACUAAAAAACUUACAUUUGGCUUUAAAUCUGCUAUUUGUAGUUGUUCUUGACUAAAUGUUGAGAGUAUAGAUGUGCAAGAUCAUAAUCAAAGUUAUCUUCAGGUGCUUCACAAAAACAACAAGUGUAGACCUUUAUUCCUUUUUACUUCCAGCUAUUAUUUAUCGACAAAGUUUGGACCCUGUUUGUCCUUCAUAAAAUCAAAAAUCUGCAUACCUGUGGAUUUCACACAUGGACAGCUGUGACUUUUGCAGCACAUGUCUUUUUUUGUGUACCAAGGUAACAUGGAAGGAAAAAUAAUGCUGCUGUCAAAACCUGGAAUUAUAAAUCUGUUAGAUGGGUCAUUUGUGAGUAGAUGGACACAAAAUUGGUGACUUUUUUUACAUGUAAGUUUACAUAAAAACUUACAUUUGGCUUUAGAUCUGCUUUUUGUAGUCGUUCUGGACUAAAUGUUGAGAGUAUAGAUGUGCUUGAUCAUGAUCAAAGUUAUCGUUAGGUCCUUUACAAAAACAACAAGUGUAGACCUUGUCAAUCCACUUCCAGCUAACAUUUAUGGACAAAGUUAAGACCCUGUUUCUCCUUCUUAAAAUCAACACUCUGCAUACCUGCGGAUUUCAUGGACACAUGUAGGGAUGGGAAUUGAGAACCGGUUCCAAAUGGUUCAGUCCAUCAGCUUGUUUACAUUUCAUCUCAACGAUUCCCUCGACGAUUCCUUUCUUCCGGGUGUCUCGUCGUGAGAGCCGGUCUACACGAACAAGAACAGAGACUUUGAGGGGAAAACAUGACAGACAGUACAAAAAUAAAGCUCCGUCUCAGCACGGCACAAACGUCCUGUUUUAACUUAAACACAACAGAUGUCAGACUUCCCAAUUUAUCAUUUAUUCGACUUCAUACCGACCAAAUAAAACGCUGUACAAACGGUUUGUAGUUUGAUUAUUUUAGACUCUCACUGAAGGUGGCGUACAUCUGUUUCUGUUAUCAGAGACUCAAUAAAAGUUUGAGUUAACGAUGAAAACUUAUAGUCUACUUUCUUGAAAUCAAAGGAAGGGCAUUGAUAAGGGAAUAAGCAGAGUCGAUAACGGCAUCGAUAUCCAUAAAAUCGUAUAAAUUCCCAUCCCUAGACACAUGGAGCGUCUGACUUUUGCAGCAUGUGCGUCUUUUUUUGGUUAACAUGUCCAUCGAUAAAGAUGUUUAGAUCGUUUAUUUCAGUCUGUCCUGAUCACGUCUCUGUUAAUACGGCUCUUUGAUUGAUCACAUGUGCUUAUUUUCAAACAGCUGUGUGGAUGUUGUUCGGUCUGUGGGAGUCUUGUUCUGGGAUCUUGUGCCGUCAGCAGCAGUUUGCUUCAUGGUGUUUGGAGAGAAACCCUGAUAAUGAGGAUUUGAUCUUAAAACACCCACCCAGUUUUCUACUCCUGUGGGGAAAUGUCAGAUUUUUGUCCAUUUUGGCGCCCCCUCUGGACAAAACAGCAUUUGCUUAUCAUGUAUAUCAGUCCACACGCUGAAGUCGUGUCUACUAACAAAGAAUGUCUCUUAAAAGACAAAUAUUUCACCUGUUCUGAAUAUUGUUUAUGAAGCUGUCAAACGUGGUUUCAGGUGUUUAAAAUUAUCAUAUGUAGAUCGUCAGUCUUGUUUGUUUUUGUUUAUCAUAAUCAGACACGUCUGUUUUGUCAAAGUAAGAAAGUGAAUGAGCCAGAGAACUGUGAUGGGAAACAGGCUGCAGACUAAGACUACGUUCACUCUGCAGGUUCUGAUGCACAGUCUGGAAUUUUUGUUCAAUCGGAUCUUUCUGUGCGGUCGUCCACAUCAUAACAACGAAUGUGUUCGUGAAGUGACCCGCGUGCACACAAAGCACAAGUUGCUUUCCACGCCUGUUUGUGUUGUUGAACAAUGGUGACGUUUGUCGCAUAUUGAUGACGUGCCUGAGCGUCCACACUGCAGUCACAUCGGAUAUAUAUUUGAUUUAUAUCCACAGACGUGAUCGUAGCAGCCCUAGUUUUGGUUUGUUGGUUGAAAAUGCCCACAUUAAAAAAUGAUGAUAGAGUAAUGAUCGAUCAUUUCCCCUGCAGGUACUGGAACCAGAAUCACUAACAUGUUAAAUGGAUUUGAAAGAGCAGCACAGUUGGUUCAUAUAUUCAGAGUUCAUCUGUUUUCUGUCGGCUGCACACACACUGGUGUCCCGGACUCUGGAGACGGUCUCACAUUGAAAACAGGCUUUAGUUCUGCUAAAUCUGAAGCUGCUGCAGUAUUUGAAGAAACCUUUAAGGACCUGGAUCCAAAGUGGACCUCUGAGUUCUGAAUCACUGACUCCUACUUUUGUUUUCUUGUUUUUCCAGCUUAAAAGGUGACGGUGACAUGAGACACGCUGAACCUCAACCUCGACUGUAAACUCUGACUUGGUGCCGCUCCUCUCUCUCUCUCUCUCUUGGGUGACGAUAUCAAACAACAGGUACUUGGCAGUCUCACCUUCACCAACAGUUUUUGUGUUUUCAUUGUGCGUUUGUGGUCGCACACAUACCUGAUACAUUUAGUGGAGAUUUUCUUUACCUUUCCAGAUCUGCAAAUGUUCCAAAAGUAAGUGUGCGAUGCAUGCAUUUGUGUUCACGCUCAGUGUUUAUGUCGGUGUGUUCGGAUGAAACAGCUGACAUGUGUUUCUUCAUUCAGCAGUUGUGGAGUUUGUGAAACCAACAGCAGCAUCAUGUUUUACGGCUCUUCUUCCGGGGCCAGCAUGUCCCUCCCCUCGAAGAGCCGCCUGAAACGCCAGAGUCGGACCUUCACUCAGGUACUCGCACAGUUUUUAUCCAGAUCUGAAGAUGACUGGUAUAAAGUUUAUUUAUGGGGUUUGGAGUCAAAUAUUUCAUCAGUUAUUGAUCAGUGGCCUUUAGCUUUGGUAUUACGAUACUGCUCUGUUUAUUUUUCAGAGUUUAGAAACAUCAUGAGGUCUUAUGUUCAGGGUCAGCAGAUGUUAGUGUGCAAAAAAUGACGACUAACCCCCAAUUUCCACCUCCAUCCUGAUCGUCUCCUAAAAGGUCGUAUCCUCCGAUCGUAGCUGAUCGUAACCAUUCAAGUUAACGUGUCAAUUUACACCGACUUCUUUACGUUCCUCUGCGGAUCGCCGGACUCCUCAGCUGAUCACAAGAGUUCUAUUUUUUCUGGACGCCGGAGCAUGGCGGAUAAAUUCAGCACAGAUUAACCCGUGCUGGAAAGGAAGUCGGGCACAGACACAAAAUAAAACAUCCGAACAAGUGAAAGGUUUUUAGACGUCAUUUCACCCCGAUGACACCAUGGAUGAGGAGAUGCUGAUUCUAGAAGUCUAGAAGUAGAUUUCCUCCUCUGGAAGGACACAAUCUACUGCUUAUAUGUCUAUGUGUCUGUCUUUAGAGAGACGACUCGUUAUCACACGCUUGCACGCGGGUUCUUGUGAGUUCUCACAAUUCCUGCUGUCUGUAAUCUGCCACGAAAUUCACAAACGGUUUCGGUAGGAAUUGGCGUACGGCGAAAAUCGGAGCCGUUCUGGAUGCGGUGAAAAUUCAGGGUUACCGUCGCAAAUCUGGCAAACCUGACUCCUGCAAAGUUUCAGCAUAUGACAGUUUUCACACAUUUGUGCUCCUCUGUGGAAAACUGCAGCCCUCAUGCUGUGCUGUACUACUGUGUACUCACCACUAGGGCGGGGCGAUACACCGAAAAUCUACAGAGACCGAAAUUUACGACAAUAUCCGACGUCAUUUUGUCCAUAUCGGUAUAUUCAGUGUCAAAAAGAUCCAUAAACCAAAGUUGUUUUUGGAUGUGUGUAGGUAGACUUUGGUCUCGUCCCUUUAAGACGCUUACCCUGAUGCUAUCGAUGAUAUGAUAUUGAUAUUGAUUUGAGGCCGUAUCGCCCAGCCCUACUCACAGCCCUGUUAAAUCAGGAUUUCAUGUAUUUUUAGUCCACCGUUCUUUGUCUGCUCUUUAGGUCCUGUACCGCACUCUGAGCUACAGAGACCGGGUCCCUGUAGAAACAGGAACAAACACCCGGGGGGACCGGCGGUCCACGACUGAACCCCCAGAGCGACCGGCGGAUGAUCCAGCCGAGCUCUCCACGCAGAGCUCCGCCCCCGGGGUGCUGAAGAUUUUCGGGGAUGAAAUUUGUGCCGGUGCCAACUACAAGAGCGUCCUGGCCACGCCGCGCUCCAGCGCCCAAGAGCUGGUCAAAGAGGCGCUCGAGCGUUACUCGCUCAACAAGAACGCCGCCCACUCUUACAUCCUGUGUGACGUGAUUGGACGUUUCGAGGAGGGCGGUGGGAUCGGAGGAGGGGGGUGGCGGACUGAGUGCUUGCGUGCGCUGGGGGACAACGAAAAGCCGCUGCUGCUCCAGGAGCUGUGGAAACCUCGGGAAGGACACGCUCGCAGGUUUGAGCUGCGCAGGAGAGCAGAGGUGGAGGAACUCAACGCCAAGGAGAAGGAUACGAUCACUGCUGGUGAGGAAGUGCAUGAAAACACACACACACACAUACACACAUGCACACACACACACAUGCACACACAGCAGCUGGUCUAAUUCCCUUCCUUUCUUGACAUGUCAAACUCAGCAGAAAAGCACAGCUCGUUACCUCCUCUGCAGUGUGUGUGUGCGUGCGUGCGUGCGCGUGGACGUGCGCACAAACGUGUACGUAGAGAUGCAGAACAAGAGCUCCAGUCAGAGUCAUUAUCCUGGAGAGGAGACAUUGUUCCUGGAUGAUUAACCGUGUAUUUAAGAAGUGAAGAGCUGUCCUGUGAAGACUGGAGCUCAUUACAGUUUUAUCAUAGACACACACACACACACACACACACACACACACACACACACACACAGUGGAAAGUCUGAGACAGCUGGCUGAUAGAUGGAGUGACAUCUAAACUGACUCUGGUUUUAUGACAGAUCAUUUCCUUUCAUCAUAACUUCACCUGUGGAGGUAAAACCGAGCAGUUUAAAGGGAUAUUCUGGAGUAAAAUUAAUUUAGGGUCAAACUCACCGUAACACCGAGUUAGACCCCCCCUCCAGAGAUGAAUGUUGACGACUGCUUGCUUCUCUAGUUAUACCAACUUUAGUAACGACCGCAGGAUAGUAAUACAGAGAGCCACGCCCUCAACCAAAACGCCACUCUAUAGCCACAAAUAAUGCUCAGAACAGCACCUAACUUCAUCAACAGGACAUAUAGGGUCACAGACAUAGUACUAUAUUCAGAGUUAGCGGGGCGUUCCUCCACUUCUGUAGUCUAUAAGCUGGGCCAAUAAACUUCUACUGUAGUAAAAAGGUAAAGGUGUUUUUAUUGAGCCGAAUUAUCAAUAAAAUCAUGAUUUUGUUAACAGGUAUGAAUUUAUGUGCUGUUGAGUUAAUAUAUUUGAACAAGAGCACAGUAAAGUUAAAUCAGCUAAUUUUCCAAUGAGGUUCUGUUACUGAAUGAAACUACACCAUGUUCUACUGAGGUUAGUACAUAUAGGGUCACAGACAUAGUACUAGACACCAAACAUCUUUUAACUUUGACUCAUUUCUUUAGCAAAGAGACUAAACACAACUCACCUACUCUCUUCCAGCAGACGCUUGUUUGUAGUGAGACCUCAGGCCAGUCCAUUACAGACUACAGCGGGGUGACGCAGCUCAAGGAAGAACAUUUAUGAUCAUUUCUUUAUCAUUUCCUUGAAGUAAUAAUCUCCAUAUUAAUCAUUUUCACUGUAGACACUGUAGUUCUUCUGCCUUAGCGUCUCGGUCUGAUUGUAUUUCCAUGAAGUGAUGAUCGUAAAUGUUUAACUUUAUGACUUUAUAUCAGUCCUAGAUUUUUAAACUCACUUGUUCACAUAGCUGUUGUGAAUUUAUGUCUUCACUGCAGCUCUUUAAGUCUUAGUUCACGUGUUUUUAUUCCUGUUUUAAUUACUGGAUCUUUGUUUGUAUUACUGUUGCACUCCCUCCACCACUGAACACAGAGUCCUGGUUGCCAUGCCAACCUCUGUUGUAGCUUGUAGAGUCAGGCGAUGUUUUUCUAUUUUUUUCUCAUUUGUGCACAAAACAUUUGAUGUCGAUGUUUCAAACAGUCCACAAGAGAAGCAGCCUGUGAAAUGAUCAUGACGGUCGAUCUUGUUUGUGACUUUCCCACAACAUGCAACAAGAUUUUCCUCUGAGCUGUAUAAUCCCUGUGGGGACCUGUUUCUCUGAAUCUUGAGGAUCUUUUCAGAGGCUGCUUUUUACUUUUUAGCAAACAUGUUUAAAAAGCUGUUUUAUAAUGCAGCCAAUCAGCUCUGCUCUCAGGAUGUCUGCAGAAAGGAGGUCUGACUGUAGAUCCUACAGAAGUAUUCAAGGAAAACCUCCUGUCUGAUAUUGACUCUCAGGUUUUGAGAACACAAACAGAAGUUUUGGUCCCAGCAGAGCGCGCCCUCAGGGUUCAGACCGGCUGACUCACUAAUGCACAUUAAAACACACAUUUUCAUUUCCACACUAACCUUUUCUCUUUUGUGUUGUAGUGUUUAGAAAACUCACACACCCCGGAGUCUCCUCCCUCUCUCUCUCUCUCUCUCUCUCUCUCUCUCUCUCUGCCCUUUUCUUACUCCCCUGGUGUGUGUGAGCGUGCAUGCACAUGAGUUAAAGUACACACUGAGAUAGCAUUUUAAAGGUAUGUGAGUGUUUCUAUGAGUGCAUCACGGCUGUUAAUGAUUCAGUCUCUGUUUUGAUCUGUUGAACUUGUUGUUUGACGUUUAUUGCAGAUUUCUCGCUGACUGUGAACCUCAUACCUUUAACUGAGUAUCUCCUUUAGCUCUUCGCAGCUCCACAGUACAUGCACGUCUUCUUAGGACUGGGCGAUUAUAUGGUUGCGAUUAAUGAUUGUGAUAAAUUUCGAUUCGAUCGUGAUGAUCAGCUGUGAGCAUAUUUACUCAAUCACUCAUAGCAGAAAUGUGCGUGACAACAGCCAAUCAGAGUCGAGCUUUUCCUGCUCGCUUCUGUAAAUCGCAGGAGAUGUAAACAGAAUGACCGAACGUGGAGCUGAGGUCAGCAAAAUAGACGUCAGCCGUGACUUUGAGUCAUCCUCCGAAAAAGACAUUAUUGAGAAGAAAAGUUGUUCAACGUCGGUUGUGUGGCGGUGGUUCGGGUAUCUCCAAAGUGACGUUGGUAUGUCGGCGGUCGGUGCCCUCAAAUACGAGUAGGGGGUGUCUGCAACCCUCUUUGCGCCCCUGCUGGACAGAGUAGGUCAUUGCAUGUCAGAUCUACAACCCUCUUUUUAACCGCUGCUCUUUCCUCCAAAGUUAUCGGCUCGAAUGGAGCGACGUCAUGAUCGAGUAUCAAACGUGAAUCUCAUGUUUUUUAGUCAUUAAUAAAACAGUUGUCUUAGAUUUGACGGAGAAUUAAAUGCAAAUGUGACAGACUCUGUUUAUGACAUUUUUCCAUUUUUCAUGAUAGUCUGAAAUACACACCGAGUCUCAGUCAAGCUAAUGCUAACAUUAGCUUGUCGGAAGUCGGAAAUGUACGAUUUGACCCAUAGGCCACUAGCGUUGAAGUGAAUGAAACAGAAGUGUGAUGACUAAUAAUGUGCAGGAGACUGAACAUGAAAAUAUACGAGAAAAACACAAAAUAUCAGAUUCAUCGGCUCUGCAGACACGAACUAUCGUAUUCAGGAGGUCAAAAUCAUCACAGAGGAAUGAAGAGGAUAAAAGUGAGGUCAAUCCCUCUGAUAUUGGGAUAAUAUUAGUUCAUAUUUUGGUAGAAUAAACCUGAAAUAUUAGAGGUUGGCAGACAAUACAUAAAAAGAUGAUAAUAAGUAAAAAAUUGUAAAAUUAAUUAAAUCUAGAUUAAUAUCUAGGACUGUAAACUAGUUCACUGUAUUAUUUUAGGGUGACCAUACUCUGACUUCCCAAAAAGAGAACACGACUAUGAGGGGGGCGGAGUCACGGAGUCGCACUAAGUUAAUUUGGAGUCUUUAGGUCGGCUCGAGUGUCUUUUACGAGCUUCUGACUCAUUAAGUCCACGUGACACAAAAUCGAAACUUACGUACAAAACCGCCGACAUUUGAAGGAUUUUAAAAACUUCCCAAGACGCGAUAUUUUUUUGAAGGAUGGUAGGAGAAGGUCCCGCCUCCUUUACCUCUGAAAAUAAUCACCCUAAUUUUUUAGUAUUUAUCUACAUUUGUUGUUCUGUUGAGUUAAAAUGUUUUUUAUAUUUUUCCAAGUUUAUCUUUUUUAAUUUUCUUUGUUAUUUACUUUGCAUGUUAAUAAAAUGUUGAUUUAAUUUCUAGUUUCUUUAGUUUUUAGUUCAGCAGUUUAAAAAAAAAAAGAAAAAUCGUGAUAAUAAUCAAGAUCGGACGAUAUGACGAAAUAUCGUGAUCAUGUCUUUUCUGCCAAAUCGCCCAGUCCUACGCCUUGUGGUUGUAACGUGUGUAUCUGGGGGGUUUUCUGUGCCGGGUUCCAUAACCCCUCCCACCCUGCUGUAGGGCCCAAAACCUCCCAGUUCCUGGCGGCUCUAAUGGGUCGGUCCGGGCUGGGCAAACACAGGAGCUCCCCUCUGCGCUGCGGUCGAGCGGUACAGUCCAGCUCUAAAGGUGGGGACUGGCCUCAGGUAGGGUGGCUGUCAAGUCAUUGCCAUGGAGACCACCUCUACCUGCGUUGUCACCAGCGCCACCCCCCCCCCCCCCCCAUCUGCCAGUGAUCCAACCAGUAUGAGUGUGUGUCUGUGCAGUCUGUGUGGGCCAUUGCAUGGAGAGCUGCUCGGUCAUCAGGUUCACUGUGUUUCUGCUCCAUCCAGCAACAUCGCCCUCAUCUGACCGGUUCUGUCUCCACACAUGACUGUCCUGCACUCCGUGACCAGUCCGUCCACUCACCAGUCAAACAUACAAACCAGUAACAGACAUGUGACCCUGAAAGACGCUUUCUUUUCUCAUUUUCCACUCAUCGCUUCUCUUCUCUCUCUCUGCUCUGCCUCUUUUCUUCUUGUUAUUCUCCUCCUGUUCUCCGUCUUGCCCUUCUCUCUCUCUCUCCCUCCCUGCUUCUUCUUUUUUGUCUUCCUCCUCCUCCUCCUCCUCCUCCUCCUCCCUGUAGACAUUAACGCUCAGGCUCGUAAGCUCCAGAGGAACAGGGCGAAGGGGACGCUGACCCUGCCCCGCUCCAGCAACUCAUCCUUCUGCCGCAGCCUCAGCGAGACCAGCCUCAACCAGGUGGGACCUUCACCGGAGCCUCCUCAGGAUAAAGGAUCGUUCUUAUUCAGAGACCCGUUAUCAGCUGGUCUCUAAUCCUCAACGCUUGUGUGUGUGUGUGUCUGCAGCUGGGCGUAGGGGACGAACCAAAGCGGUAUUACUCCACUCUGCCGGGACCUUUAAGAGCUCGAGAACGGGAGGCGGCCUCGAGCGGCAGAAGGAAAGAGGAGGGGAGUCAGGGAGGGGGAGGAGGGGUGAGGCACUCUCUCUACCAGUCACCUCACCUCUUACUGCUGCAGGGAUACAACAGACAGGUACGCUUUUGGGAUGAGUCACCACGAAUUUCCACCGCAUCCGGAACGGCUCCGAUUUUCACUGUCCGUCUGUUUUUAAGGCGAAUUUCUUGGUGGAUCACAGACACGUUCAAUCGCAUGAUAACGAGUCGUCUCUCUAAAGACAGACACAUAGACAUAUAAGCAGUAGAUUGUGUCCUUCCAGAGGAGGAAAUCUACUUCUAGACUUCUAGAAUCAGCAUCUCCUCAUCCAUGGUGUCAUCGGGGUGAAAUGACGUCUAAAAACCUUUCACUUGUUCGUCUCCGCCCGAGUGUUUUAUUUUGAAAAGAAGCCGGAUGUUUUAUUUUGUGUCUGUGCCCGACUUCCUUUCCAGCACGGGUUAAUCUGUGCUGAAUUUAUCCGCCAUGCUCCGGCGUCCAGAAAAAAUAGAACUCUUGUGAUCAGCUGAGGAGUCCGGCGAUCCGCAGAGGAACGGAAAGAAGUCGGUGUAAAUUGACACGUUAACUUGAAUGUUUACGAUCAGCUACGAUCGGAGGAUACGACCUUUUAGGAGACGAUCAGGAUGAAGGUGGAGAUCAGGGGUUAGUUGUCAUUUUUUGCACGCUAACAUCUGCUGACCUCGACCAUAAUGUACAAAUGAGGCAGAUGGGGAAAAACGCCGACCUCGUGAUGUUUCUAAACUCUAAAAAGCAGUGUCGUUCAUACCAAAGCUGAAGGUCACCGACCAAUGGUCAGUCAGCUGUGAUCGGCGGAUAUGACCCUUUCGUAGUCGUUCCGGAUGCGGUGGAAAUUGGGCGUUUCCCUCUUCAGGUGUUUUUGUGGAAAAAGGUUUCAGCUCGGGUUUUAAAAAUGUUGAAGUUUCCCAGUUUUUUCUUCCUCCUCAGAUCUCCAUUUUUUAAUUUCUCUUAUUUCGUGAUCUUGACUGUCAUGUUUUGCUGCAGGACUGUUUGGUGUACCUGCUGAACAGAGAGCAGCACACGGUUGGUCAGGAGACGCCGUCAGCUCGCCCCAAUAUCUGCCUCUUCUCUCCCGACAUCCUGCCUCUCCACUGCCGUCUGCGCCGAGUCCCCGCGCCCCGCCGUCACGCCAACAACAACAACAAGGGAGAAGAGGAGAGCCAGCGGUUUUGUGUCGCCGUCGAGCCGGUCCUCCACGCCACAGUUCUGGUGAACUUCUCUCGCUGCGAACGCUCCACCACGCUGCGACACGGCGACCUGCUGUCCUUCGGCGCACAUUACAUCUUUCUCUACAAGGACCCGACGGGCGCCAAGCCGCUUCCGGCUCAGACCCUGGCACGCCUCCGCUCCCUCGGGCAGCUCUACGACAUCGGGGUGGAGGAGGGAGAGGGCGGGGCUCCGACUUGUAAGAUGUGCGGUUCUGUGCUGAAGGACAGAGGAGCGCAGGUGUCGAGUGUCCCAGCCGUACGACGCAGCUUCAAACCGCACCUGGUGAAACCUCGAAGCGUGGGGGCCGCAGGGCCGCUUAGUUUGUCUGGAGGGGAGGGCGGAGGAGGAGGAGGAGGAGGAGGAGGAGGAGGAAGAGGAGGUCAGAAAAGAAGACUCCAGCUAGAGUUUGAUCAAACCCAUGAAGACCAGCUGCUGAACAGGAUCGUGUCUCUCAUAGAACCAGGAGGUUUGUCCUCAAACAGACCAACUUUAGAGGUCUACAUAGAAAUUUACAUAGAUCUCUACAUAGAGCUUUACAGUUAUCUUUACAUAGAUCUUUACAUAGAUCUUUACAAAGAGCUAACAUAGAUCUUUACAUAGAGCUUUACAUAGAGCUAACAUAGAUCUUUACAAAGAGCUAACAUAGAUCUUUACAUAGAGCUUUACAUAGAGCUAACAUAGAUCUUUACAUAGAGCUAACAUAGAUCUUUACAUAGAGCUAACAUAGAUCUUUACAAAGAGCUAACAUAGAUCUUUACAUAGAGCUCUACAUAGAUCUUUACAGUUAUCUUAAUAUAGAUCUUUACAUAGAUCUUUACGUAGAUCUUUACAUAGAGCUUUAAUAGAGCUAACAUAGAUCUUUACAUAGAUCUUUACAUAGAGCUCUACAUAGAUCUUUACGUAGAUCUUUACAUAGAGCUUUAAUAGAGCUAACAUAGAUCUUUACAUAGAUCUUUACAUAGCUCUUUACAGUUAUCUUUAAAUAGAUCUCUACAUAGAUCUUCACAUAGAUCUUUACAUUUCUCUUAAGAUAGAUCUUUACAUAGAGCUAACAUAGAUCUUUAGCUUACACAGAUCUUUACAUAGAGCUUCACAUAGAUCUUUACAUAGAUCUCUGCUGAGCCCCUCCCUGUAAAGUCUUUUACAGCCUAAAGAAUCUCAUUAAGUUUUUCCUUGUUGUUUCUUUUUUAUUUUCUCCCAUAAUUUCCUUUUUUUUUGUUUAUGUGUACCAUGUGACCUGAACUUCCUGUGACCUUUGAACUCCCUGUAGGAGACGACCAUAAGCUGACACCAGCCUACCUGCUGUGUCUGUGUAUCCAACACUCCGCCUCCGCCUUCCCACCCGGGAAUUUCGGAAAGCUCCUGCUCAAGAUUGUCCGAAGAAUCCAGACCAUUGCGUGGGUCAGUCCCUGCCUGUUUCACUGUCUGUGUCUGUCUGUGUGUCUGUGUGUCUGUGUCUGUGUGUCUGUCCCUCCAUCUGUCUGUCUGUACGUCCAGUUCAGUCUGUCCUGAGGUACUUUGUUCUGGACUUAAGUCGACCUCCUGCAGAGAGAAACUGUUGAGCCGUGUCAGGUCAGGUGAAUAGUUAAACAGGGUUUCAUAUGACAUGUCAGUCGAACUCAGAGGAACUCGCUGUUUUAGUCUGAAUCAUCAACCAUUUCUCACCAUCAUGACCUCCGAUACUUUAACAUCAUAGUGUGAACAUCAGACACAGAAAUAAACUACAGAGUUUAUGACCGAUGAAAAAAUAUUGAUGAUCAACUUUAAUGUUUGAGUUGAUCUUGUUUUAAGCAGCAAAAAAAUAACAACUGUUGAAAAGUAGAAGCUGAAGUUCUUGGACAAAGUCUGUUUCACUUGUUGAUAAAAGAGCUGAGGUUUGUGACGAUGGAAAAAUGCUCUGUGAAUAAAUCUGUAAACGACGACCAUUUCAUCUCCGUGUGGAUGUCUAUCUGCAUCUCUGGAAACGAUCAUGUGACACACAGAGUAACUCUUUUAUGGCGCCAAAACAACCUUUACACACAUGCUCUGUACUCUUCCUCUGUAUUUUGUGCAUUUCCUGUUACAGCGCCACUUACUGGCUUGGCAUAUGCACUACAUCAUUGUCAGUGGUUUAGUUUUUAGAGAUGAUAGAAAUACUUUUUAUUAAAGUGAAGUGAAGUCGUCACUAAAUCAAAAAUCAAGUUUUCAGAGAAAAAAAAUCUGGAUUUUAUUUUUGGCCAAAAUCGUGCAGCCCUACCGUCAUGACACUUUUUCGUAGAUUUGGCGUAGACAUCGAACGUCGUAACGUUGAAUGUUUGUUGUUUAUUAAAUCAGAAUCGUCUCCUUGAAGGAAACUGUUUCUGUUUAUUUUCCUGUUUCUGUGUCCGACCUCUUUUGGCUGUUUAUGUUUCUAAACCUGUAAUUAAAGUAAACUGAUAUUUAGUCCAGGAGGGCUCAGAGUCGUUAGAAAUGUGUGUCAGUGUGUGUGUGUGUGUGUGUGUGUCUGUAAAUAUGAUAGUGCUGUUUCUCUCUGCAGGUUAGUGAUAGUGUCGUGAAGUGAGGUUUUCCUGCGCACUUCUUAAAAGUUUAAUGAGCGCUUAAUUGCUCUUCGUGUGUGUGUGUGUGUGUGUGUGUGUGUGUGUGUGUGUAUGUGUGUGUGUGUGUGUCUUGCAGGAGAAGACAAAGGAGCUGGCUCAGAAGCAAGCUCAGCAGUGAGUAUCUCCUUUCAAGUGAAGCGAGCGACUGACUGUGGCCAUGAGACGUUAAAAUGAGCGUUUAUUUCAGAGUCAGACUGACUAUAUUUAACACUCCUCUGUGUGUGUGUGUGUGUGUGUGUGUGUCUGUGUGUGUGUGUGUGUGUGUAGCCAGGACCCGGCCUCUCUGUCUCUCCUCAGUAUCUCAGACUUGAUCCCAGACCUGCAGACCAUCUUCUUCUGGAUGUCCAACUCCAUUGAGAUCCUCUACUUCAUACAGCAAAGAGCACCAGCAUACACACACAGCAUAGAAACACUGCAGGGUACACACUCACACACACACACACACACACACACACACACGCAGCGUCUGAAUGAGUGUGAAACAGCUCAUUACUCAAACUGACGUACAGCAGAUCCUGGACCAGCUCUGCAGCCUCCCUCCCUCUCUGAGUCUCUUAAGUACGCCUCUAUCUCUGUCUAGGGUCAAAGGAGUCGUUGCUAUCGGCGACCAUAUCAGCCAAUGAGGAGGCAAUGACCAUCUUGGAAGAAGUGAUCAUGUACACUUUCCAGCAAUGUGUCUACUAUAUCACCAAGGUAAUCUGUCAGAGCGGCGGCGACUGUGGCGUCUCCUAAAUGAGUGAAAACGUUUUUUUAAGAUCGGACCCACAAACACAAUAAAUGAGCAGAUAAGACUGUGAAUGAAUUAAGGUUAUUUAUUUCAGUGUGUGUGUGUGUGUGUGUGUGUGUCCAGGCUCUGUAUGUGGUCUUACCGGGGUUGUUGGACUGUAAUCCAUUCCCAGUCGACAACUCGGAGCCCUGCUGGAAAGGAGGUGUCGGGUUUCCUGAACCUGUUCGCAGAGUCCUGCAGGUAGGCGCUCGUCCAGAAUUAUCCUGGGUCAGAGUGACGUUUGUUGUGAUCAUAAUUAUGUAUAUUUUUUUUCUUCUAGAGUGGAGUAUUAGGGCCUCAUUAAGGACAAAAAAUUAAGACUUUGAGAUUAAAGUAAUAAAAUCGUUAUAAGAAUUAAGCUCCUUUCACAUCGGGAGCGUUUUUUUCGUGCGAUUAUUUCAGACGUCAAUAUUUUUUUAGAACCCGUAUCCUGUCAAUACAAGCGUUCACAUCAGAGACGUUUUCCCGUCCUGCGAUAUUUUGGCAUUUAUUUUUUCGGAUCACGGUCGAAUGUUUCACGUACUGUGUGUCCACUCAUUAGGUAUUAUUUUAGAUGUUUCAGUGUGUUAUUUUGACACAACAAUGAAGUGAAGAUGACAAAGUUUUAAAGUUUAAUAAAAGAUAAUAAAAAAGUUUUCAGACUGAUGAACAGUUCACUUUGGAUAAACGCUGUAAAGGACUGAAAAACAAAGAAUAAGCUGCUCCUCUGGUGCGUCUCCUCCUCCUCCUCCUCAGGAGAAGAACAGUGCUCCUCAUUCGUCUGUUUUUUGUGCUUCAGGUGUUUCAGAACGCCCAGGAGCUCCUGCAGAGUUACCAGGUCCACCCGGAGAUCCAGGCUCAGAUGUUCGCCUACCUCUUCUUCUUCUCCAACGUCUCACUUUUCAACCAGCUGAUGGACAAAGGUGGGCUAGAGAGCACGCACCCUCUCCUCCAUUAGACCUCCCUCAGGGUUUGUACAGAGAGAGAGAGAGACAGAGAGAGAGAGAAAGAGAGAGAGGGAGAGAGCGUCCUUGUGUCCUUGUCAGCGUUUUGACAGUGACUAACCCAGAUUUGUCCUCAAUGCCCUUCUCCUAUCUGCAUUCUCCCUCCUCCUCCUCCUCCUCCUCCUCGCUGUCCUUCCUUCCAUCUGGCCAUCAGGGGGUGAGACAAAGAAGAGAGGAGGGGAGAGAGAGAGAGAGAAGGGUUAAAGGAGAAGGAAAGGGUGAAGGGAUCAGACUGGCCUCACAAAUAUCAUCUUUGAUUGAGUCUAAAAACAGAAAAAAUCCAUCCUCAUCCAUGUGAGCCUCCACCUUACGACCUCCACCCUCUCCACGCCCUCAUUUCUGUUUCCUCCGGCACACGCCAUAAGUCUUCAUUAGCCGGUGGAGACAGCAGAGAUCACAUGUCCGGCGAGAAGGAGAAGGAGGAAGGAGGAGAAAUACCUUUAUAUUCACGCAGAGGCUCCCCCACCUCCUCUCCACCUCCCUCCUUCUCUCUCUCUCUCGCUCCGUCUGUCUGGGUCUGGUUUCUCCUCCUCUCCCUCCUUCCCCUUUGUGUCGCUCAUUUAUAUUUCUCUGCCAACGGUGUCCAUGGUAACAGCGAAGUGAGUUUAGAGCAGGUAACGCUGACGUUUGCACUGGGUUUCUCUGCAACACAAACACACACACACACACACACACACACACACACACACACACACACACACACACACACACACAGUGAUAUUGUUAUGGAGGAGAACCCGAUCAGAUAAUUGAAUAAUACUCCGCACACGCUCGGCUGCUCUGUCAUGGAUUUGUCGAUUGUGUGUCGUGACGUCUUCCUUGCAGCCGGAGUGUAACGGAUCACUCUUCUUUGGGAGUGUGUGUGUGUGUGUGUGUGUGUGUGUGUGUAUUUGGAAACCAGCUGCUGUGAAGCAUUAUGACACCUAUGUUAAGAGGUUAAGUGAUGUCUCGUCUGUUUGUGAAGCCUUACACAUAGAUUACUGUAUGCCUAGACAUAAGCCUAUUACAGAGAGGAGUGUGUGCGUGUGUGUGUGUGUGUGUGAGUGUGUGUGAGUGCAUCCAAAACAUAUGGCAGAAUAUUUGAAGGGUAAUGUGUGUGUGAGUGUAUAGGUGUGUGUGUGUGCUGUUGUCCCUCCAUAUUUAGACUGUGCUGCUCUUUACACACUGAUAUUUUAUAUAUUAUCUAAUAUGUUCAUUAGUACAAACAUAGUAUAAGUAUAAAGUGUAUAUAUGAGUUUAUAGUGUUAGUAUAAGUUGAUGUUGAUUCUGUUUUCAGUGAUCAGUUUUGUCGGAUGGUAAAUAUUGAAUUAUCGUAGCAGAGAUUUUUGGUAAAAUUAUCGAACACCGUCAUCAUCAAAAUAACAAUCUCUCUGUUCUGUGAUCGUCACAUAUAGUCCCUCUGUUUAGUGUCCUAUAGUUUUGUGGUCAUUCACCCCCCCGCCCCACAUCAGCAGCUCCACCUCAGCUGUGUUACACUAAUGCGUCCCCUUUAAACGAAUGACAGGUGGGAACUAAUGAGCCAAAUCAUGAGGCCUUACAGCCACCUGCUGAAACACUAUUCAUAAUAACUGACGAGGAAAUAAAAAGUGAUCCGACUUUACAGAGUGAAAUUUAUUUUACACGAAAAUCAACUUGUCCUCAGGAGGAUUCGGCUCCUGUUCAUCACCGCCCUCUUCAGCGGUGGUCAUUUUUCUAAACUGACUUCCCCGUUAAACUACGAUGGGAUGGAAACAUCACGUGGUAAAAGAUGUCUUUAGGGUUUGCAAAUAAAAAUUAAAAAAUAAAGUGUCCCAUUGAACCACACAUUCAGAAAACUGCCAAAUAAUCGUACAUUUAGCCUUUUUUUCCUGGGCUAUCGUAUACGAUAAUUACCGUGCACGAGUCAACCCUGAUUAGUGUUUGUUUUCAGGAACUAUUUCUUUGUUUUCUAAAAUAAGAUAUUCCUUUUAUUAGUCCUACAAGAAAAAACUCCAAACAAGCAGCGAUAAAAACAAAAGAGAAAUUAAAGAAUGAAGAAACUAAGUAAAGUAAAAAGAUAUUAAUUUUGUGCUUGUAUUUUUAAUCUAAUUCGGCUUUGAGUUCCAUCCUGUAACAGCUCAUAGGUAAAAGCAGAUGUAAGUAUCUCUGUGUUCUUGGUUUUGUUGACGUCGGUCUCUGAGCUCGUCUCCAUGUUUCAUCGUGUCUUUCUCUCGUGUCUUUGUCUCCUGCUGGUUUUUCUCCGGCGCUGAAAAGAUUCUUCCUUCUGUAUCUGAGCAGAAACCCUGGGGUCCGUCUGUCCCCUUUGAAAAUGUAAAAACUGAAGUCCGGCUCUAGUCCAGUUUGUCGUUGUUUGCACCAAAGCCCAGCCUGAGCUCACAUUAGGGGGUAUUUCAGAAAGCUUAAACCGGACUUAGAGCUGCAGCGAGGUAAUCGGACGGCAGACUGAUAAACUCUGGGACGCCCGCCUGACAAAUGCUCCGUUUUAAAGUCAUCUCUGGUCUAACUCGCCACAAAACUUCCUUCAGGCUCCGGGAGGAAACACACGCAGAGGGAGGGUUCAGUUUUUUUAGGUCGUGCAGUAAAACACAAAAACCCUGCGAGCCGCGGCGCUCUGCAGCAGACACCAUGAUUUGUAUUCUAGGAGGAGCCGGCAGCUGGUGACUGUGCUGCUGUUUCAUCCACGUCAAUAUCAACGUAUUUAAAAAUUAAUGACUGUAAUACACACACACACACACACACACACACACACACACACACAGAGUCUUCUCUCUCAGGAUGCAGAGAGCCGUCACAAUGUUUCUGAUGAAAUAUCCAAACACUCACUUCACUGUGUGUGUGUGUGUGUGUGUGUGUGUGUGUGUGUGUGUGUGUGUGUGUGUGUGUGUGUGUGUGUGAAGGUCCGACCCGGGGCUGGUUCCAGCGCUCCAAAGUGCUGCAGAUUCAGGCGUGUCUGCGGAUGGUCAUGGAGUGGGCGAAGAAGUCCGGUCUGGGACACCUGUCGGAUAAAUUCUUCACCAAACUCAACAGCACCGUGUCCGUGCUGACCACGCCCCCUCAGCAGCUCACACA